AUGGAAGGCCCGGGAAAAACAGACACCUUGCACUCUUUCGUUGUAGCGCCAAAGAGUACGACGAAGCGAAGAAGCCGCUGCGAUGCUGGAGGCCAGAAGGGGGUCGUCCCCACAUCAAUUUACACGGACGGGAGCAAGAUAGAUCGAGGAGUAGGAGCCGUAUGGUCCAAAUGGGAGAAUGGCAGAGAGAAGAAAUGGAAGACAAAGUUGGCCCCUCACUGCGCCGUAUACCCAGCAGAGCUAGCAGCUCUCGUUGAUGCAGUGAGAGAGGCGGUGAUAGCGGGUACGGACAUGAACAUCUGCAGCGACUCGCGGUCUUUGCUCGAGGCGAUCGCGGGCGGUCACUCUGACAAACCUGCAGACACCUGGUGGAUAGCUGUUAAUAGGGUCCAAAUAUAA